UAGAAUCGGAUUUGGGGGUUCCUCGUCUGCUUGGAAAAAAAAACCAGGGAGGAGGGUUUUUCGCCAUCGCAAUCCAAGCUCAGCGCUAGGGUUUUCAAUCCAACAGCCUUUCUCCGACCACCGGCGGCCACUGCGGCCUGCCGCCGGUUCUCCCCACCUAAUGUGGUAGCGGUUUUGUCUUUUGCGGAAAUGAGCAAUAAUCCACAGCCUUCUGGGUCCCAGCCGAUGAGGCCUUCUGGAGUGGGAUCUGCUGGCCCCUCUCAAAACUUUGGUCCACCCAUGCCAGUACAGUUUAGGCCUGUUGUUCCAAAUCAACAGGCACAUCAAUUCAUUCCAGCAGCUUCUCAGCAGUUCCAGCCAGUGGGUCAAGGCAUGCCUGCGUCUAAUGUUGGUAUUCCAGCACAAACUCAAGUGCCUCAUUUUUCUCAAUCAAUGCAUCACUUACCUCCAAGAUCAGCUCAGCAGCCUGGUCAGGCUCCUGCUUCAUCACAAGCGAUGCCAAUGUUGUAUGCUUCGCCAAAUCGGCCUAUUACUUCUGGACCUCUCCAGCCCCAACAAAAUUCACAACUUUCGAACAAUAAUCUGUCUAAUGCAGCUACCCCAGGAAUGCCACUCUCUGCAUCCUAUACUUUUGCAAGCUCUUAUAGUCAGCCACCAAAUAAUAUCAACACCCCUUCACAUUUUCCUACAACGCCCCAAAUGCCAAGUCCUGGUGUGCCCUUAGCAGGUCAAACUUGGUCUGCCUCUGUGCCUCAGAGCACACCUCUUGUUAUGCAGAAUGCUCAAGUCAUUCAACAAUCCUCAGGAUCCAUGGGCACAAAUGCUGCACCAAGUGUACAAUCUAGCCCCACUGAACAAUCCUCAGACUGGCAAGAGCAUACUGCAGCUGAUGGAAAAAGGUAUUAUUAUAAUAAGAAGACAAAACAAUCCAGUUGGGAAAAGCCUCCCGAAUUGAUGACACCAAUUGAGAGAGCUGAUGCAUCAACUGUUUGGAAGGAGUUCACUACGGCUGAGGGUCGAAAAUAUUACUAUAACAAAGUCACUAAGACAUCCAAGUGGACGAUUCCUGAAGAACUCAAGUUGGCACGGGAGCAAGCUGAGAACCCAGGGACUAUGUCUGGACACAGUGAACCUGCCAUUGCUGCAAUAUCUUCUGCUACUGCUACUGUUACUUCUAUUGUGCCACCCACUUCAUUACCAGCCACAAGCCCUGCUGAAGUCAGCCCUGCUCCGAUGAGUGUUAAUAUUGCUAACCCAUCCCCAGUUGUUGCUUCUGGAUCACCAUCUAUUGGUGCUUUGGCUUCUGCUGAAAUAAGCGUAGGUGCUUCAGUGGGAACAACAGAUGCGACUGGCAUAUCGAAGCUUAGCAUGCCUCUUACAUCCAUGGCUGGCAAUUCUGGGGUUACACUGGAUGUAACAAGGACUAUGACCAGGGUCAAUGAUGAUACUUCAUCUAAGCAAAAUACUGUUAGCACGGCUGAUGGAGCCUCUGCUCAGAGCAAUGAGGAUGCCAAAACAAGCAUACCAGUUGCUGGAAUAACUAAUGUGCCUUCACUUGAAGAGAAAAUUGCUGAUGACGAACCAGUUUACGCUAAUAAGCUUGAGGCAAAGAAUGCGUUUAAAGCACUACUGGAGUCAGCAAAUGUUGAAUCUGAUUGGUCCUGGGAACAGACUAUGCGAGUCAUUCUUAAUGAUAAAAGAUACACUGCACUAAAGACCCCGGGAGAGCGGAAGCAAGCUUUUAAUGAGUACUUGGGGCAAAGGAGAAAGCAAGAGCUUGAGGAGAAGCGUAUCAAGCAGAAGAAAGCACGUGAAGAGUUUACAAAAAUGUUAGAGGAAUGUGAAGAACUUACAUCAUCUACUAGAUGGAGCAAAGCUGUCUCCAUGUUCGAGGAUGAUGAACGGUUCAGUGCAGUUGAGAGAACAAGAGACCGGGAGGAUCUCUUUGAAACUUAUUUGCUCGAACUGCAGAAGAAGGAAAGAGCAAAGGCAGCGGAGGAGCAUAAGAAAAACAUACAGGAGUAUAAAAGCUUCCUUGAGUCAUGUGAUUAUAUAAAGGCUAAUAGCCAAUGGAGAAAGUUUCAGGACCGUUUGGAGGCUGAUGAAAGAUGCUCUCGACUUGAAAUACUCGACCGUUUGGAGAUUUUCCAGGAAUAUAUACGUGGUCUAGAGAAGGAAGAGGAGGAACAGAAGAAGAUACAGAAGGAUCAAUUAAGACGAGCAGAGCGCAGGAACCGUGAUGCAUUUCGUACAAUGAUGGAAGGGCACGUUGCUUCUGGUAUUCUUACAGCUAAGAUUUAUUGGCGUGAUUAUUGUGCAAAGAUCAAGGAAUCACCGGCAUACUUGGCAGUUUCAAUGAACACAUCAGGUUCAACACCAAAAGAUCUUUUUGAUGAUGUAGCAGAAGAACUUGAUAAACAGUUUCAAGAAGACAAAGCUCACAUUAAGGAAGCAGUGAAGAUUGGAAAACUUACUCUGACAUCAGCGUGGGGAUUUGAAGACUUCAAGGCUGCUAUUUUUAGUGAUGAUAAUUUGAAAGGAAUAUCUGAUAUAAACUUAAAGCUUGUAUUUGAGGAGUUGCUGGAAAGGGUGAAGGAGAAGGAGGAUAAAGAAGCAAAAAAGCGUCAACGUCUGGCCGAUAAAUUUUCUGAUUUUCUUUACUCAAUUAAGGAAAUAACUGCGACUUCAAUCUGGGAGGAAUGCAAAUCCCUUUUUGAGGACAGUGAAGAAUACAAGUCAAUUGGUGAAGAGGGCUUUGCAAAAGAUAUUUUUGAGGACUAUGUGAUGAAGUUACAGGAGAAGUUGAAGGAGAAGGAUCGUAGGAGGGAUGAGGAAAAGGCAAAGAAGGAAAAAGAAAGAGAAGAAAAGGAAAAGAGAAAGGACAAGGAGAAGGAGAAGGAGAAGGAGAAGGAGAAGGAGAGAAAGGAUAAAGAUAAGGAACGUGAGAAAGAGAAGGGAAAAGAACGAUCCAGAAAAGAGGAAACAGAGAGUGAAAAUGUUGACAUUACUGAUAACCAUGGAUCAAAGGACAAAAAGAGGGAGAAAGAGAAAGAAAGAAAACACCGAAAACGAAGCAGGGCAGAUGAUGUAAGCUCCGAAAAUGAUGAAAAGGAAGAGUCUAAGAGAUCCCGCAAGCAUAACAGUGAUCAUAAAAAAUCUAAAAAGCAUGCAUACAGUAAUGAUUCAGAUAAUAAAAGUCGGCACAAAAAGCACAAGAAAGAUCGAGAUGGCUCACAUCGAAAUGGUGCUUAUGAAGAGCUUGAAGAUGGAGAAGUUGGAGAGGAUGGGGAAAUCCAUUAGUCAUGUGAUUUUCUCUUGCUUUCUCUUCAAUCAGUGUUAUUUCUUGUUCUUGUUUUCUGAUGUGCGAAAGUUACUGAUUGGAUAGUAUAUCUCAUAUUUCUUAGAUUUUUUUUAAGUUUUAAAGAACCAUUUAUUUUUGAAGUUGCAUCA